GGGCGGCAGGAGGAGGUGUGCCCGUCGAGGGCGGGGCCGGGCUGACGCGCGGCAGGGCCAGGCAGUGAGUAUAGGCUGCGCUGUCAGGCCGGUGUCAGUCUGAUGAAGAUUGGCAUGCAGGUGGCAAAGUUAUUGAUUGUUCUACAUGUGCACACUCCUGAUCUGGAAGAUAAAUUUGGAAGAGCAAGCUGCUCUAUCUUCACCUGUCAAGCAGUCCAAAAUGGUACCUUCUGGAACUGGAUCCUGAGCUAUCUGCUUUUCCAGCUGAUCUGUUCCAGAGUUCGCUGAAUGAUCAGUUUGCCCACUGAUGAAGCUUGGCUUGAGUUCUAAUCAUUGCCAAUCCAACUGUCCUCCGUCCGAACCAGCAUUGUCAAACUUUUCAAACUUCAUGGGACUUCUCUCUACAUUUUCAUCACUGAACACGUUGAACAGCAUCUGGACCACAACAGAGUGCUGAAGGACCGCACAUGCUACCUCUUGCCAGCUGGAGAAGAACCCAUUAAAAAGUACUCUCUAGUUGUAAUUUUUUUGAUGCAUGGCUUAUAGAGAGAUGGGAAAGAAAUUGGAACAGAAGACAUAGGCAGGCACUGAUGCUGGCCGAGUCUGCCAUUUGUCUGGCUGCAGAACUGCCUGCAUUUAAAUUUCUCAUAUUCCAGUUCUUAAUUUAACAAAUGUAAUUAAGGCUGAGGUGGCUCUGCUGUGGCUGGAAGAAGCAGCUUUUGUGUAACUGGCAGAGAAAGGGCAGAGGGGAGAGUUUCAAAGGACAAGCGGCUCCCGGAGAAGACUCCAUAGAAAGCACCGCAUUUUCCAUCGUCUCACAUACACAACAGUGGAGCAGAUUGAUUUCCGUUCUAGAUGUGAAUCAACCCCAGGAUGCAACAUGUCUCCCCAGCGCCAGCUCUGACAAUGAUGGCCACACAGACUGUGCCCCCUCCCCCUUAUCAAGAAACCCAACAGAUGACUGCCACAGCGCAACAGCCGGCCAAAGCCCAGCCAGUACACAUCAACACACCUUCGGCAGCCGCCAACACUCCUAUCCCCAGCACUCCCAUCGACCCUCAGGCACAACUGGAGGCUGACAAGCGAGCUGUCUACAGACAUCCUCUCUUCCCCCUCCUGACCCUGCUGUUUGAGAAAUGUGAGCAGGCAACGCAAGGCUCAGAGUGCAUCACUUCUGCCAGCUUUGAUGUCGACAUUGAGAAUUUCGUACACCAGCAAGAACAAGAGCACAAACCAUUCUUCAGCGAUGACCCUGAGCUCGACAACCUGAUGGUGAAAGCCAUUCAGGUCCUGAGAAUUCACCUCCUGGAGCUGGAGAAAGUGAAUGAAUUGUGCAAGGACUUUUGUAAUCGUUACAUCACCUGCCUCAAAACUAAGAUGCACAGCGACAACCUACUCAGGAAUGACCUCGGGGGGCCUUACUCCCCAAACCAGUCCUCCAUAAACCUACACACACAGGAUAUGCUGCAGAAUUCUCCUAACUCAAUGACUGCAGUAUCCGGCAACCCCCAAGGAAUCGUGGUGCCCGCAUCAGCACUGCAGCAGGGGAACAUCUCCAUGACAACAGUCAACUCACAAGUUGUGUCAGGUGGAGCCCUUUACCAGCCUGUAACUAUGGUAACGUCUCAGGGCCAGGUGGUAACUCAAGCAAUCCCACAGGGAGCCAUUCAGAUCCAGAACGCGCAGGUUAACCUGGACCUGACCUCUCUCCUUGACAGCGAAGAUAAAAAGUCAAAGAACAAACGAGGAGUCCUGCCGAAGCAUGCCACGAAUAUCAUGCGGUCCUGGCUCUUCCAGCAUCUUAUGCACCCUUACCCGACAGAGGACGAGAAAAGGCAGAUAGCAGCACAGACUAACCUCACGCUUUUGCAAGUCAACAACUGGUUUAUCAAUGCCCGGCGACGUAUCCUGCAGCCCAUGCUUGAUGCAAGCAACCCAGAUCCUGCUCCUAAAGCCAAGAAGAUCAAAUCCCAGCACCGGCCUACGCAGAGAUUUUGGCCCAACUCCAUUGCGGCUGGAGUACUGCAGCAACAAGGAGGCAACACCGGUACCAACCCUGAUGGCUCUAUAAACAUGGACAACCUGCAAUCCCUCUCCUCUGAUAACGCCACCAUUGCUAUGCAGCAGGCCAUGAUGGCAGCGGCUCACGAUGACUCACUUGACGGGACAGAAGAUGAGGAGGACGACGAGAUGGAAGAGGAGGAGGAGGAGGAAGAGGAGGAGGAGGAGCUGGAGGAGGAGACCGAGGAACUCCAGACAACAAAUGUUAGCGACCUUGGCUUGGAGCACAGUGACUCGCUUGAGUAAAGGACCCUGGUCAGUGGUGCAGCAUAUGCCUCCUGAGAAACCUGGCUGCUUGCCUAAAUCAUUGGCCUGAGAAGAGAGCCUGAACUUUCACGUACAAGCCCUGCACCCCUUUAAAGAGAUCAUUCAACGACAAUGCCCUUACCCCGAGUCCGGCUCACCUGCUUUCAGUUGCAGGAGCAGGCACGAAUGAUGCACAUUUAAGAGACCUGCCGAAUGUGCAAAGUGAUUAUUUAAGUGAAGGAGACACGUUUACAAGGCACAUAUUGUGGCCAGUUCAUUUCUUCUUUUUUUCCCCUUUGUUUUUGAUAAUAACAACAAAAAGUGUUUUUAGGGUAAGCUGUUUUCUGUACGACUGAAUGUUUUAUGGAUGUUCUAAUGCAAAGCCUUUUGGUGACAUGCAAUUGAGAGGCAAGUCUGUUUUCAUUUUCACGGCUUUUAUGAGAGAUUUAUAGAUGCAAAGAGAGAGAGAGAGAAGAGAUUGAUGGUUUUUACAAAAAGAAACUAAAAGACUGUAAUGAUUAUAAAUAUCUUGAUGUAGAAAAAAAACAAGUUUGCAAAUUUGCAAAAAUACAACAACCACACGACUGGACGUUGAGCGAGAGUUUAAUGCUGGACCCAGGUAGAUUCCUGGUUAGUUCUGAAGAAAUGGAUAUCAAGUCUUCAGGAUUUCAGUGGGCCAGAUCCCAAGGCAUGUGGAGAGAGCCACAUUGUGGUUAAUUUGAGAAAUGGAUACCACACUGCCAUCUGAACCAUUUGGGAAGGGGAGAUGAAAGGUUUUAGCCCUCUGAAUGGAAAUGUCAUAAUAGUAACAUGCCUGGUUUGAUUCCCUGCUUACAGGAUACAAAGUCAACAACCCCCCCCCCCAAAAAAAGAGAAUGCCCCUGAAUAAUUAUGUUAAUUGUUUAGAGGAUCAUAAAUUGAGAUGUAACCAUUA